UGUCACAUGGUGUAGUGCUGAUUGUCACGACUCUUUUAUAGCUGGCACAUAUUGCUGGUUGGCUUUCAUCCUAAAAUGCCUGACCUAACUGUAAUGUACUCACUUCAAAGUGAAAGCUCUAUUCAUGCAUCAUUUUAUUUCCAUUGUUUUACCCAUGUGACAUACUUUUACAAAUGUUCGUUGAACUCUAUAGCCUUGGAAUUAUCCAGAACUUUUGGUACAAACCAAUUAGCCUAAAAGUCAGUAUUAGUGGGUUCUACCACAUCCCACUUUGUACCUCCCUCCCUUCUUCUCUCCUCCUCCUUUCGUACAUGUUUAUCAGACCAGGAUUGCCCUAUUUAACUGUACUGCCAGCUCCAUCCAUCAACAGUCAGCAUGAGCACGCACCAAUCAAAAACCAACUCAGACACAGACAUGUGUAACUCAGUUAGUGUGUUUGACAUAGAACCAGAGGAGGACGAGACCGUAAUUCACCGCUUGGUCAGUGUGUUUCAGCCUUAUAUCCAGCCCUGUAUAGCUGAACUGGUGGGAUCGACGCUUUUCAUCUUCACUGGCUGCAUGUCCGUCAUAGAGAAUCCGCAGGACACUGGGAGUCUGCAGCCAGCUCUAGCACAUGGCCUAGCACUCAGCAUCGUCAUAGCACUGUUUGGAGAGAUCAGUGGAGGCCAUUUCAACCCCGCUGUCUCUGUGUCUGUUUACCUGAUCGGGGGUCUUAAUGUCAUCUUACUGAUACCAUAUAUUCUGGCGCAACUGUGUGGUGGACUCAUUGGUGCAGGUCUGGCUAAAAGUAUCUCACUACCACAUAAUUACUACAAUGCAUCUGGUGGUGCAUUUAACACAGUCCAAGAGCGAGCUCAGAUUGAGCCUGCUGUUAUAGCUGAGAUAGUAAUGACGCUGUUCCUGACCAUGUCAGUGUGUAUGGGGGCGGUGAAUGGCAAGACACGUACCCUACUAGCUCCAUUCUGUAUUGGACUGACAGUUGCGGCUGAUGUCUUAGCAGGAGGAGCAGUCUCUGGAGCAUGCAUGAACCCAGCACGUGCUUUCGGACCCGCAGCAGUGGCAAAUUACUGGACAUAUCACUGGAUCUACUGGGUCGGGCCCAUGGCUGGUGCACUACUCACUGCUACUCUUAUUAGGUUGAUGCUGGGUGACAAGAAGAUUAGAGUGAUACUGAAGUAACUUCACAAAGCUGGAAAAAAGUCGCAGACAAAAAGUCAAUGUAAAAUAUAUCAAUAGUACUGCCAUUUCUGAUUGUCAUUUCUGAAGGAUUAAUCAUGUUGCUACUGCAUAAUAGUACAAAAUUAUAAUGUAGUCAAUAUAAUAAAAUCUAAUACAGUACAAUACAGUGAAAAGGUAUUUGUAUAUCUAAAUAGGGGGCAGUGGUGGCUUAGCGGUUGAGGCUCUGGGUUGCUGAUCGGAGGGUUGGGGGUUCGGGCCCCACUGCCAAACUGCCACUGUUGGGCUCUUGAGCAAGGCCCUUGACCCUUUCUGCUCCAAUGGCACUGUAUCAUGGCUGACCCUGUGCUCCGACUGCUCUCAGCUUUCUGACAGGCUGGGGUAUGUGAAGAAAACCAUUUCACUGUACUCUACUCUAUAUGUGACCAAUAAAGACAUCAUUAAAUAUACAAAAUACAGUAUUUGUGGAAUAUAUAAUGUUUUCAUUUAUGUUGCGUAAGUUUUUUUAAUACUUUAAACAUUUUCUUGAAAAUAACAAAUGAAAAACAAAAUUUGUAAUUCAUGUAAUUCAUACUUUGUGAAUUACACAGAACAUGUAAGAGCUUCAGCAGCAACAUACGCUACAUAUCUACUGCAACAGUUUGAUUCUGUUGAUUGUUGUGCUCAGUUCCAUUUUCUAUGAAGGCUGGAGACUGGCCUAAGAAGGUUAUCGUUUCUUUUUUCUUGUUUACCAAGUUUGAAAUAGGUUCAGUGCAUUAUCUUGCUGAAGAAUCACCGACUGCAUAAUUCUGAUGGAACUACGUAACUCUGAUUUACUGAUUUAAUUCCUUUAUAAAAACCAGUAAACACUGUCACUAGCAAAGCAAGCCCAGGCAAUCACCCUGUUUUAUGUAAGAAUAUCAAAUUUGUUCACCAUCACAGCGAUCCAGAUAUUUAGACAAAAUCAGCAGAUUUAUUUUUCCUUCUUACUUGUUCAGUUUGUAAGAAUCUUUCAUUUCAAAGACAUGCAACUUGAAUGAACUUGUUCUUGAAACUUGUGGUCACUUUUGGCCUAUAUAACCUUGUACAGUGGCACUUUCUUUAGAUCAUUCAAUGGUCUUGGACCAGUCACAGAUACUGGCUAAAUUAUCAAAGUUGUAAAGAUUAAGCUUUAUCAAAAUUAUCAAGUUGAAAAGAUUUUUAAGUAGAAACAAAAUAUUUAUUACAUUAAUAAAUAGAGAUUUUGUAUAAAAAGCCUAAAUCUCCAAGUCUUUUAUACUUAGAAGGAACAUUUUAUCCUGUAUCAAAAUGCAUUACCUUUUCAAAAUAAUGGUGACAAAACAUUAGUCAAAUUUUAGUUAUUGUAGAGAACAUCAAAGAGAACAUUUAUGGCUUUUAACUAACUUCAGAUUGAAAUUCCACUUUAUUGAAUUUGACCUAA